UUCCUCCCCCUCCCUGCCUCCUCAUCUCAUCAUCACAUCAGAUUGGGAGAGGGGGUGCAGCACGAUGGCGUCUCUCUGCGUCCUGCUCUUCAGCACUGCUGUGAUCCGCGUCGCUCAGUCUCUACCUGCAGCUCGAGGUGGUGGGAGUGGCCUGGACAUCUCAGUGGGCGGGACCAGACACCAGCUCAGGGACCCUCAUCAACUGCUGCCCUACGAAAACCGGAUGAUGUCAUAUCCGGCGCUGCUGGAUGAAGGCGGGCCUACUGACCUCUACUACGACGCCGACGGCUGGAGGGAGCGUGGCCUGGAGCAGGCCUUGCUCAGGCUGCUGGAAAAAGACCGGAGGCGGAGUCUGGAAGAGGAGCAGAGCGCAUAUCUCGCAGCCCUACUCCGCCUCCUGGACCGAGCCCAGAGGGCGGGGGUGGUCGACGUGGUGGAGGAGGAGGAGGAGGACCAGGGACCUGCAGGGGACUUCAAGGCCGCUGUCUACUCGGACUAUGAUGAGACGGGUCGGGUGCGAAGGAUGGAGAGGCCUGUCCCAGCCUGGUGGGGGUGGAUGGACCCACGACAGGUGCGGGAGCUGCUGGAAUCCAGGGUGGACCCAUCUCAGCUGGGCAGGCUGCAGAUGGCUGGAGAGGACCGGCGAGACCUUUCUGGAGCGGACCAGCAGGAGGAGGAGGAGGUUCUGAGACGCCUGGUUGCUAAGAUACUGUCCAGUCCAGAAGAGGUCACGUUGGCACUGUCCAAUCGCAGGAGGCGGGACCUGUCUGAGGCAGUUGCCAGCGUUGGCCACCGGAGGCAGCGGCGUUCUCUAGAGGACCAGUCUCCCGCCGGCCCGAGCGAAGCCCCUGCCCUGCUCCGGGUCAAGAGGGUGGAGGAUGAUCAGGAGCUCGCGCCCCCUGCUGGGCUGCAGAGAAUGAAGCGGCUGGAGUCCAUGGCAGCCAUCGCCGCCUUGGAAGAACUGCAGCAGGGAAGUCAGCGACGCCGGCGGAGAGACGUCGCGCGGCACCUUCCGCCUCACAUACUAGUGAGAGGGUGAACGCUCCAACGGUCCCUGCAACACCAACACAUUAAUUACACAUGUCAAAGCAAUGUUCUUCUGUCUUUGUUCGUUUGCUUGUUUGUGUCGGUACUGACCAGCAGGGGCGCUGUGACGCUGCAGGUCCCUAAAUCUCUAUGUGCCGCUCAGUUGUUGGAUGGAGCCGUCGCCAUGGCAACCAAAUAUUUUAUGUUGUUGUUCCUGUCUAGCUUAUAGUCGGGGUUCGGAAAUAAAAAUAAAACUCAGCAAAUGUUUGGUUCCUCAUGUCAUCAAAGUGACAACAGAUUCUUCGCUUUAACCAUGUCUGCGACCCCCUGACACUCAUUGACACCAAGCUGUUCACAGUGGAACCACAAGUGCAUCAUUUGAAAGACACAUUGAUCAGAGGGCUCAGAAGAGCAGAAUGGCUUGGACUCACUAGGAGUUUACACACAAGAAAGUACUCUUAAACACAAC